GACGUUCUAAGCCCGCGUCGAGUGUCAACCAUAGAUCAACCAUAUCCUAGUGUCAACAUGAAAUCGCACCUUAAUUUGUUGAUGUGACUUCUAUUUAAAAGUUAUUAUUUGCUAUCGUGAUGUUAUUUUUGUAAUAAUGGUUUCUAAAUAAGUGUAUCAACGUUACCGAAAAAAUAUUUUCUAUAUCCAAAAUGGCCAACGUUAUUGAAAUCCCUUUACGGGAUACAGACGAGGUAAUAGAAUUAUAUUCUGAUCAACUACCAGAAGGAGAUGAAGUUCUCGGUAUAUUACGACAAGAAAAAACUCAAUUAUCAGUUUGGGUUAAUCUUGCUCUGGAAUAUUACAAACAAGGGAAAAUCGAUGAAUUUAUUAAAAUACUGGAAUCCUCGAGAACGGAUGCAAACAUUAAUUACAGAGAUUAUGAGAAGGAUCAAAUGCGUGCACUUGAUAUGCUUGCAGCAUAUUAUGUGCAAAAAGCGAAUAAAGAAAAAAAUAAAGAUAAAAGACGAGAAUUAUUUACUAAAGCGACCCUAUUGUAUACAACUGCUGAUAAAAUUAUUAUGUACGAUCAGAACCAUUUGCUGGGAAGAGCAUACUUUUGUCUUUUAGAAGGGGAUAAAAUGGAGCAGGCAGAUGCUCAAUUUAAUUUUGUAUUAAAUCAAUCUCAAAAUAAUAUCCCAUCUUUACUCGGUAAAGCUUGUAUAGCUUAUAACAGGAAGGAUUAUCGUGCUGCUCUAGCUUUUUACAAAAAAGCACUUCGUACUAAUCCUAAUUGUCCUGCUGCAGUUCGAUUAGGUAUGGGUCAUUGUUUUAUAAAACUUAACAAUCCUGAUAAAGCUAGAUUAGCUUUUGAAAGGGCGUUGGAGCUGGAUCCGAAGUGCGUGGGUGCUUUAGUAGGUCUAGCAAUUUUGAAGUUGAAUUUACAACAACCUGAAUCAAUUAGGACUGGUGUACAGAUGCUAUCAAAAGCUUACACUAUUGAUUCUUCUGAUCCAAUGGUUUUAAAUCACUUGGCUAAUCAUUUCUUUUUUAAAAAGGAUUAUAGUAAAGUACAACAUUUAGCCCUACAUGCUUUCCAUAAUACGGAAAACGAGGCGAUGAGAGCUGAAAGUUGUUAUCAACUGGCUCGUUCGUUUCAAGUUCAAGGAGAUUAUGAUCAGGCUUUCCAAUAUUAUUAUCAAGCCACUCAAUUUUCUCCAGCUUCCUUUGUUCUUCCACAUUUCGGUCUCGGACAAAUGUAUAUUUAUAGAGGAGACACUGAAAAUGCAGCUCAGUGUUUUGAAAAAGUUUUGAAAGCCCAACCGGGUAACUACGAAACAAUGAAAAUAUUGGGAUCACUCUAUGCGAGCUCAAGUUCACAAUCGAAAAGAGAUAUUGCAAAAGUUCAUUUGAAAAAAGUAACUGAUCAAUUUCCUGAUGAUAUCGAAGCUUGGAUCGAAUUGGCUCAGAUAUUGGAACAGAGUGACCUGCAGGCUUCACUGAACGCUUACGAAAUGGCGAUGCAACUAUUAAGAAAGAAUGUACAGACGGAAAUACCCGUAGAAAUAUUAAAUAAUGUAGGAGCUUUACAGUUCAGGCUUAAUAAUCUUGAGGAAGCGAAGAAAAAUAUUGAGGAAGCCAUUAGUAGGGCUAAAUUGGAAGCUGCACAUGAUCCCCAAUAUUAUAAUUCCGUUUCAGUUACCAUGACUUACAAUCUAGCUAGAUUAAACGAAGCUAUGUGUCUUUUCGAUAAAGCUGAAAAAUUAUACAAAGAUAUACUGAAAGAACAUCCGAAUUAUGUCGAUUGUUAUUUGAGGUUAGGCUGUAUGGCAAGAGAUAAAGGUCAUUUCUACGACGCUUCCGAUUGGUUCAAAGAAGCCCUAAGAAUAGAUACCGAACACCCCGAUGCUUGGUCCCUAUUAGGAAACUUACAUUUAGCCAAACAAGAAUGGGGCCCCGGUCAGAAAAAAUACGAAAGGAUAUUGAAAAACGCAUCGACUUCUCAAGACUCAUAUUCCCUAAUAGCGCUCGGUAACGUUUGGCUGCAAACCCUACACCAGCCUAGUAAAGACACCGAUAGAAUCAAAAGACAUCAAGACAGAGCUUUAAAUUUAUACAAACAGGUACUGAAGAUCGAUCCGAAGAAUAUAUUCGCCGCUAACGGCGUCGGGGCCGUUUUGGCCCACAAAAACGCAGUUAACGAAGCCAGAGACAUUUUCGCUCAAGUCAGAGAAGCCACCGCUGAUUUUUCAGACGUUUGGUUGAAUAUAGCUCAUAUCUACGUCGAACAAAAACAAUUCGUAAGCGCCAUUCAAAUGUACGAAAAUUGUUUGAGGAAAUUCUACAAGUACAACAACGUUGAAGUGUUGCAGUAUCUCGCCCGGGCUUAUUUCAAAGCUGCCAAAUUUAAGGAAGCGAAAAUGGUUUUGUUGAAAGCGAGAAGAGUUGCCCCGCAGGAUACUAUCCUUUUGUAUAACAUUGCGUUAGUGUUACAAAGAUUAGCAACUGUCAUUCUAAAGGACGAAAAAUCUGCCCUUGUGACCGUAUUACAAGCCGUGCACGAAUUAGGAUUAUCCUUAAAGUAUUUCAAUUACCUCGUGGAAUUGGCCGAUAAACAAAAAUACGACGUAGCCUUAGCGGAAUUAGAGGCGAGACAAUGCAAAGAUCUCUUGUCCCAAGCUCAAUAUCACGUAACCAGAGCGAAGAGGGUCGACGAAGAAGAAAGAUUGAUACGUAGGAAGCAAGAAGAAGAAAGGGCCGCUUUCAAGAUGCGACAAAUGGAAGAACAGAAAAAACUGGCCGAAUUCCAGAGACUCAAUAAAGAACAGCUGCUACAAAAACGUCAGGAAUACAAAGAAAAAACCAAAAACGCCAUCAUAUUCCAAGAUAUGCCGGCCGAGAAGAAAACCAAGGGCAAGGGUGGACGUAGCAAGGGCGAUAUUAUUUCGGAUUCGGGUAGCGAUCAAGAGAACGGCGAAGGGCCGUCGCGCGAUAAAAGAGAAAAGAAAGAACGAGGUCGCAAAAAACAACGGCCGGAAGGAGGUAAAAGUAAACGAGGAAGGAAACGCAAAGAACAAGAGGACGAUUCCGAUGGGAGCGAUAAACCCAAAAGGAAAUACAAAAAGAAGAAAGAACCCAAACCGAAACAAAAAGACGAAGGUCUCAGUGCCAAACAAAAAAGCAAAAUCGUAUCUAAAGCCACGAUAUCAUCAAGCGACGAAGAUAGCGAUAAUAAUCUUAAAAUCGCCAGCGAUGAAGAGAGCGAUAGAGACGGUGGAAAACGUAGAAGAAGAAUAUCGUCCGGAUCAGAUUCGGAUGAAUCUCGUGGACGAUCUAAUAGUAGAUCGAGGUCGAGGAGUAGUUCAAGAUCUCGUUCUAAAUCAAAAAGUAAAUCCAGAUCACGUUCGAGAUCUAAAAGUACGUCUAGAUCACGUUCGAGGUCUAAAAGUAAAUCUAGAUCACGUUCGAGGUCUAAAAGUAGAUCGAGAUCACGUUCGAGGUCUAAAAGUAGAUCGAAAUCAGGUUCUAGGUCUAAAAGUAGAUCAAAAUCACGUUCGAGGUCUAAAAGUAGAUCAAAAUCACGUUCGAGAUCUAAAAGUAGAUCAAAAUCAGGUUCUAGAUCUAGAAGUAGAUCGAGAUCGCGUUCUAAAAGCGGUUCGAGGUCUAGAUCCGGAUCAAGGAGUGGUUCUGGAUCUAGAAGUGGCUCAAAAUCUCCUUAGAUUUUAUUAUAAUGCACAUUUCAUUAAUUUGUACAUUUAGAUGGUUGAAUAAAGUUUUUAUUUCCGCCA